AUGGACUCCACAACGGCAACGGCAGAGCUGGGCUGGACGGUGCAUCCUCCAUCAGGGUGGGAAGAGGUGAGCGGGUAUGAUGAAAACAUGAACACGAUUCGCACCUACCAGGUGUGCAACGUCUUUGAAUCCAGCCAAAACAACUGGCUCCGGACGAAGUACAUCCGGAGGCGAGGAGCACACCGCAUCCAUGUGGAGAUGAAAUUUUCUGUCCGGGACUGCAGCAGCAUCCCUAAUGUCCCAGGCUCCUGUAAGGAGACUUUUAACCUCUACUAUUUUGAGUCGGACUUUGACUCAGCCACCAAGACUUUCCCUAACUGGAUGGAGAAUCCUUGGAUGAAGGUGGACACAAUUGCUGCUGACGAGAGCUUCUCACAGGUGGACCUAGGUGGACGGGUGAUGAAGAUUAACACCGAGGUGCGCAGUUUUGGGCCUGUCUCCAAGAAUGGUUUCUACCUGGCCUUCCAGGACUAUGGAGGCUGCAUGUCCUUGAUUGCUGUCCGUGUCUUCUACCGCAAGUGUCCCCGCGUGAUCCAGAAUGGGGCUGUCUUCCAAGAAACCCUCUCAGGGGCAGAGAGCACCUCACUGGUGGCAGCCCGGGGGACGUGCAUCACCAACGCAGAGGAGGUAGACGUGCCGAUCAAGCUGUACUGCAACGGGGAUGGCGAGUGGCUGGUACCCAUCGGCCGCUGCAUGUGCCGGGCGGGCUAUGAGUCAGUGGAAAACGGGACCAUCUGCAGAGGCUGCCCAUCGGGGACGUUUAAGGCCAGCCAAGGGGAUGAAGGAUGCAUCCACUGCCCGAUUAACAGCCGGACAACUUCGGAAGGGGCCACUAACUGCGUGUGCCGAAACGGAUAUUACCGGGCAGAUGCCGAUCCUGUCGACAUGCCGUGCACCACCAUCCCGUCUGCCCCCCAGGCCGUCAUCUCCAGCGUGAAUGAGACCUCUCUGAUGCUGGAGUGGACCCCGCCGCGGGACUCGGGGGGCCGGGAGGACCUGGUGUACAACAUCAUCUGCAAGAGCUGUGGCUCUGGCCGCGGGGCAUGCACGCGCUGCGGGGACAACGUGCAGUUCGCCCCCCGCCAGCUGGGCCUGACAGAGCCCCGCAUCUACAUCAGCGACUUGCUGGCCCACACCCAGUACACCUUUGAGAUCCAGGCGGUGAACGGCGUCACCGACCAGAGCCCCUUCUCCCCACAGUUUGCAUCAGUGAACAUCACCACCAAUCAGGCUGCUCCUUCAGCUGUGUCCAUCAUGCACCAGGUCAGCCGCACCGUGGACAGCAUUACUCUCUCAUGGUCUCAGCCUGACCAACCCAACGGAGUCAUCCUGGAUUAUGAGCUGCAAUAUUAUGAGAAGGAUCUGAGUGAGUUAAAUUCGACAACAGUGAAGAGCCCCACCAACACUGUGGCAGUACAAAACCUCAAAGCUGGCACCAUCUACGUCUUCCAGGUGCGGGCACGUACUGUGGCUGGGUAUGGCCGGUAUAGUGGCAAGAUGUAUUUCCAGACCAUGACUGAAGCCGAGUACCAGACCAGUGUCCAGGAGAAGCUGCCACUCAUCAUCGGCUCCUCCGCAGCAGGACUGGUGUUCCUCAUUGCUGUAGUCGUCAUCAUUAUUGUGUGCAACAGAAGACGGGGCUUUGAGCGUGCUGACUCUGAGUACACCGACAAGCUGCAGCACUAUACCAGUGGCCACAGUACGUACCGCGGCCCCCCGCCAGGCCUGGGGGUCCGCUCUCUCUUCGUGACUCCAGGGAUGAAGAUUUAUAUCGAUCCAUUCACCUACGAAGAUCCCAAUGAGGCUGUCAGGGAGUUUGCAAAAGAAAUCGAUAUCUCUUGUGUCAAAAUCGAGCAGGUGAUCGGGGCAGGGGAGUUUGGUGAGGUGUGCAGUGGGCAUCUCAAGCUUCCUGGCAAAAGAGAGAUCUUUGUGGCCAUUAAGACCCUGAAGUCUGGUUACACAGAGAAGCAGAGACGGGACUUCUUGAGUGAAGCCAGCAUCAUGGGGCAGUUUGACCACCCCAACGUCAUCCACCUGGAGGGAGUGGUGACCAAGAGUUCACCGGUGAUGAUCAUUACUGAGUUCAUGGAGAACGGCUCACUGGACUCCUUCUUGCGGCAAAACGAUGGGCAGUUCACAGUGAUCCAGCUGGUGGGGAUGUUGCGGGGUAUUGCAGCAGGCAUGAAGUAUCUGGCCGAUAUGAACUACGUGCACCGGGACCUGGCUGCCCGCAACAUCCUGGUGAACAGCAACCUGGUCUGCAAAGUGUCUGACUUUGGCCUCUCCCGUUUUCUGGAGGAUGACACCUCUGAUCCCACCUACACCAGUGCACUGGGUGGGAAGAUCCCAAUACGGUGGACAGCACCUGAGGCAAUUCAGUACCGAAAAUUCACAUCGGCCAGUGAUGUGUGGAGCUACGGAAUAGUCAUGUGGGAGGUGAUGUCGUAUGGCGAGCGGCCUUACUGGGAUAUGACCAAUCAAGAUGUGAUAAAUGCUAUCGAGCAGGACUAUCGGCUGCCACCACCUAUGGAUUGUCCAAAUGCCCUGCACCAGCUAAUGCUUGACUGUUGGCAGAAGGAUCGAAACCACAGACCCAAAUUUGGGCAAAUUGUCAACACCUUAGAUAAAAUGAUCCGAAAUCCUAACAGCCUGAAAGCCAUGGCACCUCUCUCCUCUGGGAUGAACCUCCCCCUACUUGACCGCACAAUCCCGGAUUAUACCAGCUUCAACACUGUGGAUGAAUGGCUGGAUGCCAUCAAGAUGAGCCAGUACAAGGAGAGCUUUGCCAGUGCUGGCUUCACCACCUUUGACGUAGUAUCUCAGAUGACUGUAGAGGACAUUCUGCGAGUUGGGGUCACUUUAGCAGGACACCAGAAGAAAAUACUGAACAGUAUCCAGGUGAUGAGAGCACAGAUGAACCAAAUUCAGUCUGUGGAGGUUUGAUAGCUACGUGUCCUCCUACUCCUCUUCCUUGAGGCCCUGCUCCCCUUUGCCCCUGUAUGUCCAAGCUCCAGUUCUUGAGUGUUCUGCACGGACCAGAGACAGGCAGCUGCUCUGAGGAUCAUGGCAACAGGAAGAAACACCCUGUCAUCAACAAUGAGAAGUCGCCAAGAGCUUCUAGAAUUUAAACAAUGGAAAAAGGGAA